CAACCUCAAACGGGAAGGACGAACGAACUUCUCACGAGUUGGACGGAGGAAAAAGUAUAUUUAUAUCCCAAUUAAUGCCACUAUGGCACUGCCGACGCUGCCUGUUAAUUCUCUCAACAAAAACUUGGGGAAAGACAAAUUCCACAAGUCCCAGCAUUUUGACUAUUCCAACGGGGUCCGUAUGAUGGUGGGCUCUGGGAAGCCAGGCAUUGGAGGGGAGUUGCUGUUGGGCCAGAAGUCUCAACCAAACUAUUCUGUCUUCCCCAAUGGAGAGGGCAGUGACACUCCAUCAUGGGUGGCCUUUGACAAGCAGGUGCUGAGCUUCAAUGCUUUCUUCCAGGAGGCUGUGCCUCAGAAGCGAGAGGAGAAGUACCGCGUCAGGAAGUGUAAGAUCUAUUUCUACCUGGAAGACGACACAAUCCAGGUGGUAGAGCCUGAAUUAAAGAACAGCGGAAUACCACAAGGAACGCUGAUUCGUCGGCACCGCAUCCCACUGCCCCCUCCAGAUGAUGAGUGCUUCUACACGGUGCACGACUUCAACAUCAACCAGCAGAUGGUGCUGUACUCACGCACUUUCAUGGUCACCGACUGUGACCCCUUCACCAGAAACUUCCUCAGGAAGAUGGGGGUACGGCUCAACCCCCCCACCUCCACUCCCCUGGACCCCUACAGCAACCUACGGCAAGAGAUGGAGAAGAGUAUGAAGCCGCUGCGUCCAUACGAGAGGCUGGACACGCUCAAGCAGUUCCUGGACCACGACCGCAAUGUGCUGCGGUUCUACUGCCACUGGGACGACUCAGAGAACAUGUUUGGGGACCCGCGCGAGCUCACCCUGCACUACUUCUUGGCCGAUGACACCAUAGAGAUCAGGGAGGUCAUCUACCCCAACUCAGGCCGGGAUGCCACCCCAAAGUUUCUGCACCGUAGCAAGCUGCCCAAGCAUGCUCCCAACCCCAAGCGUCAGCCCGGAGAUAUCACAGACCGUACGGUGCUCAACGUCUUUGGUCCUAUGGGCCAGGGAGGACGCUACAUCCUGGACAGCCUCAAAACAGGUGCGGUCCAUGAGCAGUUCUAUAAGGACAGUGACCUGACUCUGGGGGGCAUAGUCAACGUGUGGGGACGCAGGGUGGUCAUCUGUGACUGUGACAACUUCACCAAAGAGUUCUACCGCUCCAAAUACGGCAUUGAGGACUUCAGCCCAGUACAGUACAAGGCACCUCUGGCCCCUAAGCCCCCCAGGCCUGUACCUCCCUACAAUGGCUUUGGCUCUGAAGAGGACUCACUGUGCUCCUGCCAGGGCUUGCUGCCCAAACCCCCCCAGAAAGACUUCCGCAAGCUCAUGGAGAAAGACAGACAGGGCCUUGAGAGCAACGUGCUGAGGUUUAUGGGGAAGAUGGUGACUGAAAAUCCCAUCGACAGAGAUAGACUCUUCAUAAUCUCCUUCUACCUCAGUGACGACACCAUCUGUGUAUUCGAACCGCCUCAGAGGAACACCGGUGUGUUGGCGGGUAAGUUCCUUGAGCGUGGCAGAGUGAAGAAGCCUGGUCAGGAGCUGUUUAAGAGUGAGAUGUCCCAGUAUUUCAGUGCCCAGGACCUGUAUGUAGGAGCCAGGAUCAACCUCAACAACCAGGGCUUCCAGCUGAUCGACGCUGAUGAGUACGCCUUCAACUACAUGGAGCAACACGCUGAGGAGUUUCCCAGGGCUAACAUGGGCUCCAUCAUCAGUAAGAUCCGCUCCAUCCCUGAGGACAAACAGAAUGAGAUUAAACAGUUCCUCACCCUCAGUGACCCUGGAAACACUGGACUGAUCCCUUACGAACCCUUCAGGGGCCUGCUGGUGGGUCUGGAGUGUGGUCUGUCGGAGCACGAGGUGAUGAUGCUCGGUCGUUGUUUCUGUGAGCGCCAGCAGCCCGAGGCAGAGGUGGGCCUCAUGCUGGCUGUGGCUCAGGACCACCUACGCAAGAAACACUUUGAGAGCUUCUCCGACAUGACCAGAGCCUUCACACACGAGGACCGACACAGGACUGGUCAUCUCUCCACCAAGGAGGCCAGGACCAUCUGUAAGGCCUUCCAGCUGCCACUGGCUGAGGACCUGUUGAGGGCCCUCCUCAAGAAGUUUGAUGCAGGCUCUGAGGAGAUGGACUACCAUGCCUUUCUGGCAGGGAUCAACUGGAGAGAGAACCCUGCUCCCCCUGUCCUGCCUGACGACGCCCUGAAGUUUAACGUGGACUGGAGCAGGGAAGCCAGAGGCCCAGAGGUGAAGAGCAUCAACUACUCUGUCCUUCUGGAAGACGUGUUCGGUAGUGUCAACACCAACCCAACACUCUAACCAACCCAACAUUCUAACCAACCCAACACUCUAACCAACCCAACAUUCUAACCAACCCAACACUCUAACCAACCCAACAUUCUAACCAACCCAACACUCUAACCAACCCAACAUUCUAACCAACCCAAC